AUGAAUAGGUUGGAAGAUUAUGUAAAUUUUAUAAAAACUAAACAGCAUUCUCUCCCAAAAUACAAAACACUUUUUUACGAUACAUUGAGGGAUGAUAUAUUAAAAAUUAGUCGAAUUAUCACUAACACACUAAAUUAUAAAAAUAUUUUAAUUAUUGAAAAAAAUUUAAACAAAGUGUCUGAAAAAGUGACACAGACCCUAAAUUUAGUAGAAAUAGAUGGAAGUAAAGAUGAAAUACUACAUUUUGAAGGUGUAAAGAAGAUUAUACAAGAAAUGCUUAUAGAUACAAAAAUUAAAUUAGAAAAAGUUAAACAGAAGAAAACAUCUCUGGAUUUAGAAUUGGAACCUGAAAAAAUAACAAAACCGUGUAAAAAAUACGAUACAAAUCUUCAGGAAGAACUUCAAGUCGAAAGACUAGAAAUAAUGGGUAAUAGUCUUGUAGAAAGAUACAGAGUAACAAGACAAAGGUUACUAGAAAUAGAAAGUAUACAAGAAAAUAUAUCAGAACAAUUAAAUAUACAAGACGAACGUAUAGACGAUGUCAUAGGGAAAAUGAGCGAUAUUUAUAAAUCAGUGAAAAAUAGUAAAAAUGUAAUUAAUGAUGAAAAUGGUUCUGGCAGUUUUAUUAGAAGAUUUAUAACCAUUUUAUUUUUUUGUCUAACUUUUAUGAUAAUUUUUUUACAUGUUUACUAUAAAACUUAA